UCUCUGCUGGUGCUAUAUUAUCAAAUUAUCAACGUGUUCGCGUGGAAAAUGUCUGUAAUCGCCUUGGACUCAUGUCUCUUGCCUACCUUUGGCGAAGAGAUCAAAAAGAGUUAUUGAGUGAAAUGAUAAGUUCUGGAAUUAAUGCUAUUUUGAUUAAAGUAGCUGCUAUUGGUCUAAAAUCGACACAUUUAGGAAAAUCCAUUGAGGAAAUGUACUCGCAUUUGUGCAAUUUGAAUGAAAAAUAUGAUGUUCACAUCUGUGGUGAAGGUGGUGAAUAUGAAACGCUCACGUUGGAUUUUGCAUACCUUCGGUUUAAGAUGUUGACUUUAGAAGAUAAGCCUGUAAGCACUAUUGCGACAACUCCAAUAAUUAAAAUACCAUCAUGGCAGGAUGAUAUUAAAGAAUUUAUGAGUGCAACGCAAGGUUGG